CCAGGGGGCGCCCCUCGGCCGCUGCGCCCGGAGCGGGAUCUCUAAGGGCCGCGUGUGCCGGCUGCGGGCGGGCGGCGCAGGGACACUCGGGCUCCCGCCUCCCGCGCAGAGCGGCCGCCCCACGUGACGGGAAGCGGCGGCGGCGCGGCCGGAGCAGCCCCGGAGCCGCGGCCGGAGCGGCCGGAGCGGGCGGCGGGCGGCGGCGGGCCCAGGCCGCAGGGCCGGCGGACGCGGGGGCCGGCGGGCGCCGCGCCGACCAGCAGCGGGCAUGAUGAGCACCAAGGCCUUCACGCUGGUCUCUGCCGUGGAGCGGGAGCUGCUGAUGGGCGACAAGGAGCGCGUCAACAUCGAGUGCGUGGAGUGCUGCGGCAAGAACCUCUACGUGGGCACCAACGACUGCUCCAUCUACCACUUCCUGCUGGAGGAGCAGAGCCUGCCUGCCGGGACGGCCACGUUCACGGCCACCAAGCAGCUGCACAGACAGCUGGGCCUCCGGAAGCCAGUGUGUGAGCUGCGAGCCGCCUCGGCCCUGCACAGAUUGCUGGUGCUCUGUGACUGCUCCAUCACCCUGGUCCACAUGCUGAGCCUGGAGCCUGUCCCCUCGGGGGCCCGCAUCAAGGGGGCCGUGGCGUUGGCCUUGAACGAGAACCCCGUGAGCGGGGACCCGUUUUGUGUGGAGGUCUGCAUCAUCUCUGUGAAACGCCGAACCAUCCAGGUGUUCAUGGUGUACGAGGACCGGGUCCAGAUCGUCAGGGAGGUGUCCACGCCGGAGCAGCCCCUGGCGGUGGCGGUGGACGGCCACUUCCUGUGCCUGGCUCUGACCACGCAGUACAUCAUCCUGAACUACAGCACGGGCGCCGCCCAGGACCUGUUUCCUUACUGCAGCGAGGAGAAGCGCCCCAUCGUCAAGCGGAUAGGGAGGCAGGAGUUCCUCUUGGCGGGUCCGGGAGGACUAGGCAUGUUUGCCACUGUUGCUGGGAUUUCUCAGCGGGCUCCUGUGCACUGGUCGGAGAACGUGAUCGGGGCGGCCGUCUGCUUCCCCUACGUCCUGGCGCUCGACGACGCCUUCAUCACAGUCCACAGCAUGCUGGACCAGCAGCAGAAGCAGACCCUGCCCUUCAAGGAAGGCCACAUUCUGCAGGACUUCGAAGGAAGAGUGAUUGUCGCCACAAGUAAAGGAGUUUACAUCUUGGUUCCCUUACCUCUGGAAAAACAAAUACAGGAUCUUCUAGCAAGCCACAGAGUGGAGGAGGCGUUGGUUUUAGCAAAAGGAGCCCGGAGGAACAUUCCGAAGGAGAAAUUUCAGGGAAUGUACAGGAGGAUCCUGCAGCAGGCGGGCUUCAUACACUUUGCACAGCUGCAGUUCCUGGAAGCUAAAGAGCUCUUCAGAAGCGGCCAGCUUGACGUCCGGGAGCUGAUCUCUCUGUGCCCCUUCCUGUUGCCCACCUCCUCUUCAUUCACGCGGUCUCACCCUCCUCUCCACGAGUACGCAGACCUGAACCAGCUGACCCAGGGCGACCAGGAGAAGGCGGCCAAGUGCAAGCGCUUCCUCGUGACCUACCUGGAAGAAGUGCGCAGCUCAGAGGUGGUCCACGGCUACAAGGAGGACGUGGACACGGCCCUGCUCAAGCUGUACGCCGAGGCCGGCCACGCCAGCCUGCUGGACCUCCUGGUCACCGAGAACGCCUGCCUGCUGGCCGACAGUGCUGCCUGGCUGGAGAAGCACAAACGGUAUUUUGCACUGGGACUGCUCUACCACCAUAAUAACCAGGACGCGGCUGCAGUUCAGUUGUGGGUGAACAUCGUGAACGGGGAGAUUGACGACCCCACGCGCACAGACCUGUACGACUACGUGGUGGACUUCCUCACCCACAGCCCGGACCACGCGCUGGUGUGGAAGCACGCCGACUGGGCCUUGCAGAAAAGUGAGGAGGUUGGAGUUCAGGUUUUCACCAAGAGGCCUUUGGAGGAGCAGCAGGACGGUUUCAAUCCAGACGAUGUGCUCACUCGCCUUAAGAAAUACCCCAACGCCCUCAUGCGCUACCUGGAACACCUGGUUAUGGACAGGAACCUGCAGAGGGAAGAGUACCACACGCGCUUGGCCCUCCUCUACCUGGACGCGGUGCUGCAGCGGACGCCCGGCGCCAGCGGCUCGGGGGCCGAGGUGACGGAGACCCAGGCGAAGCUGCGACGCCUGCUGCAGAAGUCUGACUUGUACCGAGUCCAGUUCCUGAUGGAGAGAGUGCGGGGCGCCGGCCUGCCCAUGGAGAGGGCCAUCCUGCACGGGAAGCUGGAGGAGCACGAGCAGGCCCUGCGCACCCUGGCGCUCGAGCUGGGGGACUUCCCUGCGGCCGAGGACUACUGUGCCUGGCGCUCUGCGGGCAGGGAGCCCGCCUACCGACGGCGGCUCUUCCACACGCUGCUGGCCCUGUACCUGGGCCCGGGCCCCAGCCCUCCCGCCCCCGCCUCCACCUCCACGGAGCUGGCUGUGGCCGCCGUGGACCUCCUGAACCGCCACGCUGCGGAGUUUGACGCCGCCCAGGUUCUGCAGCUGCUGCCGGGCACCUGGUCGGUGCAGCUGCUCUGCCCGUUCCUGACGGGCGCCAUGCGGGACAGCACCCACACCAGGAGGACCGCGCAGGUGGCGCUCGGCCUGGCCACGUCGGAGAACCUGAUCUACAAGCACGACCAGAUGAAGCUGAAAAGAAGCUCCUUCCGGCUCUCAGACAAACAGCUGUGUCAGGUGUGCCACAGUCCCUUCUGCGAGCCAGUGUUUGUUAGAUACCCAACCGGUGACCUCGUCCACACCCACUGUGCUGCCAGCAGACACACGAACCCCAGCGCCCCCCACCCCGGCGCUCGGACUUGAAGGGGCCGCCUGGGCGCCAGGGGGACCUCGAGUUCUUCGCACACCAAGCCUGCCCAGUGCAAGGAGCAGAACGCGGCGGCGCUGUGCCAGCCAAGACAGAGGCGACGUCUCGGUGCCCGGGAGGCUCCGUCAGUGUGAAACAAGUUCUCUUCCCUGCUGACCAAUCGGCAUUGAAUGUAAACAGGAAACCCACAAGGAGAGACGUGCUCGUUCGCCCACCCAGACACACGGUUGUCCACUUGGACGGAUACGUGAGCCUUCCGGGCACACCCCCACAGGCUGGCGCCCACGCCACAUCAGGCACACACCUGCCCAGACAGUGGCUUCAGGCGGCAGCAGGUGACCUCUCCCGCCCUGCAAGUGGCCAGGCAGGGUCCUGUGCGGCAGGUUUCAUGUCGCACUUCUCCCACGUGGUGCGUGCUCCGUCCACGGCACAGUGGCUGCUUCCCGAUGACCUCGGGGCUCUGCUCUUGCCCUUGGCAUUGGCUGGCCUGGGAGGUGUGUCCGUUCCCUCCUGCUUCCCUUCUGGCUUCUAGCAAGUGAACACCACUAUGAAACUGAUGACGGCCGAGAGAGGGGCUGCCGGCCCGUCUGGACCACGGCAGAGACGGGGAACCGUGGGGACAGGGCCCAUGUGUGCUGGCCUGAAACUACACGGCCAAUGUGCUCGACUAAACAUUUUUAUUUGAAGUUAUAUUAUCUUUGUAAUAUUUCUCUCAUUUAGAAAAUCACCUGUCGUAUUUGUUAGGGGUGUUUUUCUUGUUAAAUGUACCUCCUAUUGAAUCCUUGGGAAGUUAAAAGGGAAUCAAUGAGCACAAACUGAGUGUAUUUUCAGGCGAGGCCGGCUUCCCCUCACUCGCAGCCGGGCAGGCAUGGGCGGUGCUGCCGUUGCCCGUGGGGAGGUGGCGCCCUCCCUGCAGGUCAUGCCACACCCUUAGAGGAAGCCCAGCCCGCUGCCUUACCUCCAGCACUUUACAUGCCUGCUCUGAGGUCUCCUGCUCACAGGGAAAUGAAUGCCUGUCGGUCCCAGACUGCGGAUUCUUUCUGUGGUUACUGCACUGCCCUCUCGGGUUUCUUCAUUUUGAUGAUUGAUUCUGUUAGGAAUGAACAAUAAAGACACUGUACCCCAUGCAAGGCUUGCAAGCAAGCAUCAGCGUCUGUGAGAAGAGAACCUGGAACCGCCCUCCCUCAGCCUCAGCCUUACGGAGGGGGAUGAAGAGCCCACUCCAGUCUUUCAAAACGUCUUCUGCACUAGCAGUGGUCAGCAUUCCUUUUCCUCUGUGAUGCCAACUGGGCCAAGAAGGCAAAGGCAUCCGCGCUUUCUUUCCUAACUAAGUCUCGGUGAGCUCAACAAAAGAUAAUGAAGGAAUUCUGCCUGCGACGCAGCCGUGAGCUGUCGCUUGGGGUGGACACAGCCCAGCCAGGAGCCGCCCUGCGGAUGGCUUGCAGAAUCACCAUAUUACUGUGCAUAAAUAUCACCGUUCAACUUGUGUGCUUGGAUUUACUCCUCGAAGAACGGGCGACUAGUCCAUGCAAUAUGCACUUUGCAAAGCACUGUUUCUACUCAGAAUGGGUAAAAUCUUGAAAACGUCUUGUGAUUGCUCAUUUCUAACUUGGGGCCACUCAUCUCUUUUUUCCCUGCACAUUGAUCAAUACUUAGAAAUGUUUUUUUUUUUCCUUUAGAAUAAUGGGAAUUGGAGUUGAACAGUUUUCCAGCUCUCCCAGAUCCUCGAAGACAGGCAGAAUUCUGUGACACUGCAGAAUUGUCUCCUGUGUUCAAAACCUUUCUCUAAUCUUUCUCAAACUCCCACAGGCUCUUUUCUCCAAUCAUAUUUUGAAAAGAAAUACAUGUUCUUUCAACAGGGCUGCUGCACUGUGACCGUGCUGUUGGACAGAGCAAUUGGGAGCACCACUCAGCCCCUUUUCCCUCUAGGUUCUGUUAGCCAUUCUAGUUAAAACAGCAUGAACUGAACUCGGUUGUCAUUUUACGUUCUGUGGGCAAGACUGUCUAAUUUUAUGGCCUGUGUAUCUGCUGUUGCCUGUCGAGAAUUAAUGGGGGGUGUAGGCUGUGCGGCACGGGCCUGGCUCAGCCUGGGAAGCUGUGCUGGAGGGAGGGGCCUCGGUCACACCAUCGAGCGCUGCCUGUCACACAGCUGGGGUAGCCCUUGCUUUCUGCUUGCUCCCCUAUGGAAACCAUUGUCCUUGCAACUCUAUCCUUCGCCCCUGGUUGGGUCCCAAAUACACAAGAUGUACAAAUGUAAACUUGAUUUUAUUAAAAUUCUUUUAAUUCUUUGUC